GGUCGAUGUAUACAUACGAUGACUAAAAGUGCCAUAUUAUUCUCUGUUUGCAAAGCGAUCGCUGAUUCUUCAGAGCCACUACUGAUAUGGGUCGUUUUGACGGAAAGGUCGUGAUUGUUACAGGCUCGUCGUCUGGCAUUGGAGCGGGAACAGCCCUUCUGUUCGCAAAAGAAGGAGCAAAAGUAACCAUAACGGGAAGAAAGGCUGAAGGGCUAGAGGCCACGAAAAAGUCCAUAAUCGAAGCUGGAGGUAAGGAAGAUGACAUCAAUGUUGUCAUUGCGGAUAUCACUGAUGCUGUUGGAAGAGAGAAGAUUGUCUCUUCCACGGUUGAAAAAUGGGGGCAAAUAGACAUUCUGGUGAACAACGCUGGUGGAUUCAUAAGAGAUGAAGCUGGAAAUGGUGGAAUUGCAGCUAGUCUUGAUGUGCUGCAAAAAACAAUGGAUGUGAAUACGUUUAGUGCCACCCAUAUGAUACAACUUGCUCGUCCAUAUUUGGUCAAAACACAGGGAGAGGUUGUCAACGUUUCCAGUGUUGCCGGACAGCCCAGAGGAAGGCCAAUGUUUGUCUACUACACUAUGGCCAAGGCUGCUCUAGAUCAGCUGACGCGAGGACUCGCUGUUGAACUGAUUGCUGAAGGAGUAAGGGUCAAUAGUGUAAGCCCUGGAGCGGUUGUCACAAAAUUCUGUCAAAGUGCCGGGAUGUCAGAUAAGGAAGCAGAUACUCUCUACAAAACAAUGGAAAAUACACCGGAUGCUCUUCCGAUAAGAAAAUGUGCACAACCAGAAGAGAUUGCAAAUUUGAUUGCAUUUUUGGCGGAUCGAAAAUUAUCACGUUAUAUCAUUGGACAGACGAUCGUCAUCGAUGGUGGUGAAAUGCUUGUGCCUGCCUCGGCGACAGUAGCUUUCAAGGAAGUAUAAUAGUUUUCUAUCGCAUGUCUAUUCGAAUUCGGUCAUAAACUUUUUCUCAUUU